AUACAAUAAAUCCCUAACAUAUAAUAAAGUUUGGUAGUAAAACAAGUCAACCAAAGUCAAAAAUAAAAACAAAAAUCAUAUUUAUUUAAUUUCUCUAAUUUUCUUCUUCUUCUUCUUCUUUGUUUUAAUUUCUAACAAAAAAAUGUCACUUCCCAAAUGAAACCCUAGUUUCCCCAAUUCUAAUUGACUCUACUUCUAGGGUUUCGCUUCCAUCUUCGAUUUCUUUCACUUCACUUCACAGAUCCGUUUCCCCAAAUUUCCUAACCAUGAAGAAGCGAUCCAUUGUGAUUGAGCCGUAUAGGCACAGAGUAGCGUUGGAUCCUAACUAUGCUGAAAAAACCUGGAAGAUUCUAGAACAUGCUAUUCAUGAAAUUUACAAUCAUAAUUCUAGUCAACUUAGCUUUGAAGAGCUUUACAGGAAUGCUUAUAAUAUGGUGCUACAGAAAUUUGGGGAGAAACUUUACUCUGGACUUGUGACAACCAUGACAUCUCAUCUGAGACAAAUUUCCCAAUCAAUUGAAUCUGCUCAAGGAGAAAUUUUCUUGGAGGAGCUCAACAGAAAGUGGGUAGAGCAUAACAAGGCAUUGUUAAUGAUCCGAGACAUACUGAUGUACAUGGAUCGAACAUUCGUACCAAGCAGCCGUAAAACCCCUGUUCAUGAGCUUGGUUUGAACCUCUGGAGAGAUGUUGUCAUCCAUUCCAACAAAACUCAAAGUAGGCUUCUAGAUACUCUUAUUGACCUUGUGCUUAAAGAAAGGAAUGGUGAAGUAAUUAACAGAGGCUUGAUGAGGAACUUAAUUAAGAUGCUAAUGGAUUUGGGUUUGUCUGUUUACCAGAACGACUUUGAGAAACAUUUUAUUGAAGUUUCUAAAGACUUUUAUUGUUGCGAGUCCCAAAAAUUCAUUGAAUCAUGUAAUUGUGGGGAUUAUCUGAAGAAAGCUGAGAGGCGUUUGAAUGAAGAAAUGGAGAGAGUAUCUCACUACUUGGAUCCUAGCAGUGAGUCAAAGAUAAUUAAAGUGGUGGAGACAGAGAUGAUUGAAAAUCAUAUGCACACUCUUGUUCAUAUGGAGAACUCAGGCUUAGUUAGUAUGUUUGUGGAUGACAAAUAUGAGGACUUGGAACGAAUUUAUAACUUGUUUCGGAGGGUGCCUUCUGGGCUCACAAUUGUUAAAGAUGUCAUGACUUCUUUUAUACGGGAUACUGGUAAGCAGUUAAUUAUGGAUCCUGAGAGAUUGAAAGAUCCUGUGGAUUUUGUGCAGCGUCUUUUGGAUUUGAAGGAUAAAUAUGACAAAGCUAUUACACUGGCGUUUAACAAUGAUAAGACAUUUCAGAAUGCCUUGAAUUCUGCAUUUGAAUAUUUCAUCAAUUUGAAUGCUCGGUCUCCAGAGUUCAUUUCUUUGUUUGUAGAUGACAAGCUUCGCAGAGGGUUGAAGGGGGUUGGUGAGGAGGAUGUGGAGAUUGUACUAGACAAAGUAAUGAUGCUUUUCCGGUACCUGCAAGAGAAGGACAUGUUUGAAAAGUAUUAUAAGCAACACCUAGCAAAAAGGCUUCUUUCAGGAAAGACCGUAUCUGAUGAGGCAGAAAGAAGUUUGAUUGUUAAGCUCAAAACAGAAUGUGGGUACCAGUUCACUUCUAAGUUAGAGGGAAUGUUUACAGACAUGAAGACUUCUUAUGAUAUGAUGCAAGGUUUCUUAGCAUGCCAUGGUGCUGAGUUGGGAGAUAGCCCUACACUAUCUGUCCAGGUGCUUACAACAGGUUCAUGGCCAACUCAAUCUAGUCCACAAUGUAAUCUUCCAUCUGAAAUCUUGGGUGUCUGUGAGAAGUUUCGUAGUUAUUAUCUCGGUGCUCACAGUGGGAGGAGAUUGUCCUGGCAAGCUAAUAUGGGAAAUGCUGAUUUAAAGGCUACAUUUGGUAAGGGCCAGAAGCACGAGCUGAAUGUUUCCACAUACCAGAUGUGUGUACUCAUGCUUUUCAAUAAUGCCGACCGGUUGAGUUGCAAGGAGAUAGAGCAAGCUACAGCAAUACCCAUGCCAGAUUUGAAGAGGUGCCUUCAGUCUUUGGCCUUAGUUAAAGGUAAAAAUGUUCUUCGGAAAGAGCCAAUGAGCAAGGACAUAGCUGAAGAUGAUGCAUUCUUUUUCAAUGACAAAUUCACUAGCAAGCUCUUCAAGGUAAAAAUAGGGACUGUUGUUGCACAGAGGGAGUCCGAACCAGAAAAUAUUGAAACUCGGCAAAGAGUGGAGGAAGAUAGAAAGCCACAGAUUGAGGCAGCAAUUGUGAGGGUAAUGAAAUCUAGAAAGAUUCUAGAACAUAAUAAUAUCAUCGCCGAGGUCACGAAGCAGCUGCAGGCGCGAUUUUUGCCCAAUCCUGUUGUUAUUAAAAAACGGAUUGAAUCCCUCAUUGAACGUGAGUUUUUAGAGAGGGAUAAAGUGGACAGAAAAAUGUACCGCUAUCUUGCUUGAAACAGUGAAUUUUUCAAUGAUGUAUGUACCUGUUCAAUGAUGGUGGCAAGUCAUAGUGCUUUUCUGGUGAUUGUGUUCAUGCUCAAUAGACAUAGCAUCUAGGGUUUAUGCCAGCAUAAUUACCGUGGUUUGAUCGCAAAAUUUUCAUGCAAUCAAAUAGAGCCAAAUUUACUGUUAUUGUUCUUGAUUAGUCGCAGUUUUGUUCAAAUAUCUUUAUUUUGUCUAAAUCUGUGGAUAUUUGAUCAGAAUUUGCAUUAAAUAACCUUCUAAAUAUAAACAUGGGUUCCAAUUUGAAUUUUUUUCUUGUAUUAGGAUAUGCAAAGCUAAAGCUAGCUUCAAUGUUGUUUAAAGGGUCAUUAGGGGAAAUAAGGUAAUUAGGUGGUAUAGCAUUUGUAUAUGAUCUCCUUCUAACAACCUAUGCAUUUUGUUAUCAUUUCCAAUUGGAUGAUCCACUAAUUCAACUGGCAGAGAAUUAUAAAUGGAUCCAUUUUUUUGA